AUGAACAUACCUAUACUAAUUUCUCUGAUUUUUCUGGUUUCGAAAGUUGUUGGAAGGUGUUGGGAUGACAAUGAUUUGGAAAUAAACGGAAGAUGUUUUCAAUUUAACAAUCAAUAUUUGAAUUGGGAUGAUGCAAGAAAAGCAUGUUGGAAUCAAGGAUACUAUUUGGCUAGUAUACAUAGUUCUUCGGAAUCUGAUAAAAUCACAGGUAACAAAUACUUUUUCAAGAAAACUAUACCGAUAUUGUUAUUCAGAAUAUGUUCGAAGACAAGCAAACAGCACAGAUUCCACGUUUUAUUGGUUUGGAUUAUAUUAUACUUCAUCAAAUAACUGGGCCUAUGAUGAUGGUUCUGCUGUAGACUAUCUCAACUGGUUGCCAGAUUUUCCUGAUCAAUAUCAUUAUGCUCUUGCAUAUAUUGAUAAUGGCAAAUGGUUUACAGUUAGCUCGAAUUCAGAAGAAGCGUAUUUAUGCUCAUAUUAUUCUAAUUUUGAGUCAACAGUCGAAGCGUCCACUGUAGAAGUGACAACCUCCAGACCUUCACCUAUCCAAGCAUCAACAUCUUUUCCAACAACAACUACACCCGGGUUAACAACAAUUUCAAGAUCUCCCACAGUUUGUCAAUCAAAUGAUGUGAAGUUGAAUAAUCGAUGCUACAGUUUCAAUAACAAUGAAUUGUCUCAAGAAGAUGCAAAAGCUGAGUGUGCGAAAAUUGGGAAAACAUUGGCCGUGUUUGAUACUUUGAGCCAGAUAAAUUUUAUAACUUGUGAGUUUUUAGAAUGAUCGCAAUAAGAUUUUCAUUAUGUUUCCCUAGCCUAUGCUCAAUCCCAAUUUCAAACAACAUUUGGCAACUUCUGGAUUGGCCUACAGCGUUCAAAUUCCGCUUCACCGUUUUACUGGCAAAACGAAGGAGCCCUAACUAUCACAAAUUGGUCUCCCGGCUAUCCUUUUAACGGUCAACUGAUUGUUGGACAAGAUAUUUCGAAUGGAAAAUGGAAAACUUUUGAUAAUAAUAAUAAUGUUCGUCUUUUUUCAGUUUGUAGUGGAAUUGUUUAA